GUUGAUACCGUGACACCGAAAACUUCCUCCAUGCGUGAUUUGAGUUUAAACGGCGUGACUAUAUUUUUAGUUUAUUUUGAAAGUUUUGUUUUUUAUUAAUAUUAAUGUUAAAUCAUUUUAUUUUCACCACAUGUUGCGGCGUUUUACAAAAAUUGGCGACUGACGAGAAGAAGCGUUAAUGUAAAGUUUAGACGUUUUUCUUCUAUUUGUGGAAAAUUAUAGAAACAGCACUGAUGGUUUCAUUUCCUGCCCGGAUUAGUUUGGCCUCAUCGGACUGAGCUUCCAUGGACGGUCUGGAGGAGAAACUCAAAGGCCUGUCCAUCGUCCGGCGGUCCCGUCCGGAGGAGCCCACCUACCUGCUGGACGUGUCCCUGCAGGGGACGGGUCUCCUGGCCGUGUCCUGCUCCAACUUCACCGUCCACCUGCACAACAAGGACACUCUGAACCAGGUGGGGGAGUAUCGGGGACACACGGGGCCUCUUUGUGGGGUCACGUUCGCCCACACCUCCUCUGACCUCCUGUACUCUGGCUCUGCCGACGGGACGGUCCGGGCGUGGGACGUCCGCUGUCCCGGGUCCGAGUCGGUGCAGGUGUUUAAGAGCGACGCGUCUCACAGUUACUGCAGCCUGGACCUGAGCUGCAGCGACGCGCUGCUGUGCGCCGGCACCGAGCAGCUCAACGACGAGGACAGCUUCCUGGUCUUCUGGGACACGAGGAAGCCGGGCGGCGGCGGCCUCCUCGGGGUCUACUCCGAGUCGCACAGUGAUGACAUCACGCAGGUGCGCUUCCACCCCCGGGACAAAGACCGCCUGGCGUCCGGCUCCACCGACGGCCUGGUCAACGUGUUCGACCUGAGCCGGGGCGCCGAGGAGGAGGCGCUGCUCGCCACCUGCAACAGCGACUCGUCGGCCGGCGCCGUGUGCUGGAGCGGCGCCGCCUACGACCGGCUGCUCUGCCUGAGCCACGACGAGGGGCUGCACCUGUGGGACCUGAGCCAGCUGGACACGGACGAGCCUCUGACCGUCUUCAGCGCCGCCGACGCUCGCAGCCUCACCCCGCUGGGCGACGGCGGCGGCCGCCUGGAUUACCUGGUGGGGGGCGUGUGGCUGGAGGAGGCGCAGAGGCUGCUGGUGGUGGGCGGGGAGAACGGCGGCGACCUCCACCUGAUGGAGUGCGACGGCCGAGGCCUCCGCCUGCUGAGGAGCCUGGAGGGUGGUCACUCUGCGACGGUGCGCUGCUUCCUGUGGGACGCGGCCGGCGAAGCCCUGGUCACCGGCGGGGAGGACGCUCAGCUGUUGCUAUGGAAACCGGGGGGGGAGGAGCUCACGGCGAGAAAGAGGGAGUCCAUGAAGAGCGACUCGACUUUAAGGCAGAAGUCCAGACCGCACAAGAAACACGGCUACCAGAGAGAGAAGAAGAAGUAAAACUGUUUCUUCUUCUUCUGUGGUUCUGCUGCAGCGUCAGAACAUCAGAGCAGGAACAUUCAGCGUCACACAACCACCUGUAAAUUUAUUCUUAAGUUAUGAGUUUCAGCUCGUCCAGUUUGACUUUUGGACAGAAGGAAAUGAAAUAAAUAUAUUAAUUAACAUUUUAA